CUGUGUACCCAUACAAUGGAACAUAUAAUUGUAUGUCGAUUAAAAAAUUGCAUGCCUCACUAAUACAUACUGAAACGCCGUUUUAUAGCUUUGAGAAUUUAAUUGAAAUACAACUUAACCGGAAAUGAAAUAAAAACCGCAUCACCAUGUCAUCCGUCAGUAUGUUUAUGAUGAGCGUGGCUUUAACCUACAGUGCUCCCUUUCAAAAUAGCACGGUUUCCCUGAAUUCUACAAGAAGUUCUAGUUUCAGUGACUCUGAAACUCCAGACAAACCUAUCCUUCGAAAUCUGGAAGACAAUACUCCAGGAAAGUGUUGUACUGAUCCAUUAAAAAAGUGUUGCCCGUACGAUUAUGAUGUCAAUAAAUGUGAAAGCAUAGACAGCAGGAAGUUGUGUGGCUAUAAUAAGAACCAGAAGAAACCUGACAGCGUACCAGUUCACGUUACCAAGAUGGGUCUGGAUUGUCGGGUUGUUGAGGAACGCGUUGAGUGUGGAUACGAGAAAGGACCUGACACUGCGAAUCCGGAAUCUAGAACUGAACCUCAAAAAACUUCGUAACUGUAUAAGUAGUCACUAUAGUC